UGUAAAUUGCAAAGGGCAACCCCAAGAGAAGUAACCUAACUCGUCUGGUUGUCUCUUGAACCAGUUGAUCCAAAUACUCUAAGUUUGUCUGUCAUUAACUCAACGCACACACUCUCCCAAUCAUGUCCCCGAUUCUCUCUUCUUAAACUUCCGCCGGGACCGCCUCCGCGUCGCCGGCUUCACCUCCAGCAACCAACAUUAGCUAUUGACUGAUCGCACAUGGGAGAGCAAAUUCAAACCCAAGCUCAACCCCAACCCCAGCCCCACUCUCAAUCCCAGCCUCAAUUACAAUCGCAAUUCCAGUCCCGACCUGAAGCAGAAAUAAAGUCCGAACUCAAAUCACAAAUCCUUUCAAAAUCCACUACUCAGCCGCCGCCGCAUGACUCUGGAAUUACCACCAGCACUGUCACCGGGCCCGCAAACGUAACCUACGAAGUAAUCGUUCUUCCACAGGCGACCUCCACUCCUCCGUCCAAAAUCCCACCCUCACGUCCUCGUAAACUCCGUAAACUAUCCCCGGUAUGCGCUGCUGAUUCCGCCCAAGUAACCAUUACAGAAACCCCCAAAACCAUCGCAAAAACCACCAAAACAAAACCCCCCCAAUCGCAGCGAUCCCUAGCAGUCCUCCCUCCACGUGUCACCGCAAGAUCACUCUCCUGCCAUGGCGAAGUAGACAACGCCAUCCGCCAUCUUCGCGAAGCCGAUCCGCUUCUCUCAUCUUUAAUUGACAUACAUCCGCCACCAACUUUUGACACAUUUCACACUCCUUUUCUGGCAUUGACUCGUAGCAUCCUAUACCAGCAGCUAGCAUUCAAAGCCGGGACCUCAAUAUAUACUCGUUUUAUUUCUCUAUGUGGCGGAGAGGGCGGCGUGGUUCCUGACACUGUUAUUGCUCUGACUCCCCAACAGCUUAGACAAAUUGGGGUUUCAGGGCGGAAAGCGAGUUAUUUACAUGAUCUUGCUAGAAAGUAUCAUAAUGGGAUAUUAUCAGAUUCAUCAAUUGUAAAUAUGGAUGAUAAGUCUCUCUUCACUAUGCUUACUAUGGUUAAUGGAAUUGGUUCUUGGUCUGUGCAUAUGUUUAUGAUUUUCUCUUUGCACAGACCUGAUGUUUUGCCUAUUAAUGAUCUUGGUAUAAGGAAAGGAGUCCAGCUGCUGUAUAAUUUGGACGAUUUGCCUCGCCCAUCCCACAUGGAUCAGCUAUGUGAAAAAUGGAGACCAUAUAGGUCAGUUGCUUCUUGGUAUCUUUGGAGAUUUAUUGAGGCAAAAGGCUCGCCUUCAAGUGCUGUGGCAGUCGCAACUAGUGCUGCUUUGACUCAACAGCAGCGGGAGGAUCAGCAGCAACCACAGCUUCUUGACCCAAUUAAUAGCAUUCUCAACCUUGGGGCCUGUGCAUGGGGACAAUGAUCGGUUGUCGGUAUGAGGAAUUUGUUAACAACUUUUAUCCAGCAAUCAGUUCGACAAGAGCUUAGAGAGCAAGAAAAGGUACUGAUAAGUGAUGGAAGGGAAUGGACAUCCAAGUACUUUAGAGAGAAUAUAGUUGUCUAGUGAACUUGGUCUUACGUUUUAGCAAAGCUCCCUCUGCUGAAAUUCUAUUGUCUUUGUUUAAGAGACCGGAUUUUAUUAUCGAUACUCUCUUACUAGACAAUAUAGAGUCAAAAGAGCUACAUUCUUUUUGUCUUAGUUGUGGUUUGGCUGUGUAUUCUAUAUUUUCCAUUAGAGCGCAAUGCUACUGACUAUUAAUGGAUUAUCUCAAAAAUUUUAACUGCAUUUUGGCUACCA